UCGGUUAUAACAAACGACAGUUCUGUCAGUAACGUAACAACUGUUCCGCUUUUCGAAACGUAUCCAAAGGAGUUACUGUACUUCGCAGCGAUUUCCUGUAUUGUAUUCGUCUUCAUUGGAGUACCUGGAAACUUCGUGACCAUCGUAGCCUUACUCAAAAGUCCUCGAUUGAGAAAUGUCACCUCGGUAUUUAUCAUCAAUUUGUGCGUGGCCGAUGGCCUAUUUUGUAUUUUUAGUCUUCCGCUCGCAGCGUCCAUGUUCAUACACAAGAUGUGGAUCUACAGUGACUUCCUUUGUAUGAUUUUCCCUCUGCUUCGUUACUCAAACGCUGCCGUUUCUCUCUUCACCAUUAUUGCCAUUACGGUCAACAGAUACGUCAUCAUCGUCCACCCCAAAAGCUACACGAAGAUCUAUACUAAGGUGAGCAUUUCAGUUAUCAUCGCGUUUAUCUGGUUGGUAUCUUUUGCAUUGCUGACACCCACUGCCUUCGGAAUUUGGGGAAAAUACGCAUUUAGUCCCGAAGUGGGGACGUGUACAGUGGUGAAAGUUAACGGAAAGUCGUCAAAAACUUUUAUUCACACCUUGGCAUUUGUUAUACCAAGUUUCACUUUCAUCUUUUGUUACUCCAGGAUAUUCUGGAUCGUCAGAAAAUCGGAAAGAAAAUUAAAAAUCGGGCAUGGAUUAAAGAAGGAAGAGAAGAGCGUGAACUUUAGAAUAAAAUGUUUCGGGAAGAAAGCGGAAAAAUCGGAAAGCGAAAGAAAGCAGAAACAAUCUAAAGAUUUAAAACUGCUAAAGGUGAUUCUAGUGAUAUUUUUAGCUUUCAUCCUCUGUUAUUCUCCUGUUACAUUUGUUAAAAUCUUUAAAAAAGAGAAGAGCAUGCCUAUUUUGAAUAUCAUAGGCUACCUUGGUGGUUAUUGCACCGCUUGUAUCAAUCCUAUCAUUUAUGUCAUUAUGAGCAGAGAAUACAGAAGAGCUUAUAAAGAAAUAUUCAUCUGUAAUAAUAAAGUUAAUAGUGUUGCAGAGACACGCACUACAAGCUUAUAAACUACAUUUUUUAAGCGUUUGUUCAUAUGCAGUAUUUACAUUUUGCAUUAAACUAUACAAUUAAAUACAUUAUAUGUAUGCAUAUAUGCAUCCUAUAAUAAGUAGUAUUAUAUUGUUAUAAUGCAAAUAUGUGAAAAGGAUAAUUACACGCCUUUUAAUAAAUUA